AUGACGUCGGGUACGAGAAUGCCGACGUGGAAGGAGCGAGAGAACAACAAAAGAAGGGAAAGGAGAAGGAGAGCGAUCGCAGCGAAGAUCUAUUCAGGACUUAGAAUGUAUGGGAAUUAUAAGCUACCAAAACACUGCGACAACAAUGAAGUGCUUAAAGCUCUCUGUAACGAAGCUGGUUGGACUGUUGAAGAAGAUGGCACUACUUACAGAAAGGGAUGCAAACCUGUGGAUCGCAUGGAUAUUAUGGGAGGGUCUGCAUCAGCUAGUCCAUGUUCAUCAUACCAUCCUAGUCCAUGUGCAUCCUAUAAUCCAAGUCCUGCCUCAUCUUCUUUUCCAAGUCCUGUUUCAUCCCGCUACGCUGCCAACGCUAAUGGCAAUGCUGAUGCCAAUUCCCUCAUCCCAUGGCUUAAAAACCUCUCCUCUGGCUCGUCAUCAGCCUCACCCAAGCAUCCUCACCAUCUCUUCAUUCACACCGGUUCCAUAAGUGCUCCUGUUACCCCUCCAUUGAGCUCCCCGACUGCACGGACUCCCCGAACCAAAAAUGACUGGGAUGACCCAGCUGCUGGCCAAUCUUGGAUGGGGCAGAACUACUCAUUCCUGCCUUCAUCUAUGCCCUCGUCUACCCCACCCAGUCCUGGCCGCCAGGUCCUACCAGAUUCAGGUUGGCUAGCUGGUAUCCAAAUUCCCCAAAGUGGACCCACAUCACCAACAUUUAGUCUUGUAUCACGGAAUCCAUUUGGCUUCAGAGAGGAGGCUUUAUCAGGUGCAGGGUCACGAAUGUGGACUCCUGGACAAAGUGGGACAUGCUCUCCUGCAGUUCCGGCAGGCAUUGAUCAGACAGCUGAUGUGCCAAUGUCAGACAGUAUGGCAGCUGAGUUUGCAUUCGGAAGUAACGCAGCAGGGUUGGUGAAACCUUGGGAAGGAGAGAGGAUCCAUGAAGAAUGUGUCUCUGAUGAUCUUGAGCUUACUCUUGGAAACUCUAGUACCAGGUAA